UAAAAAACAAAAUUAGGCGUGUAGCACAACGUUCACAGAGAAAUACUUUGUUUUUCAUUCACUGGAUUUUAUUUUAGGAACGUACAACUAUAUACAGUUCAACACGUAAGUUCCUCGGCAGAGAAAAUAAGACGUCCUGCAACAGGGGUCCUGCAUGGUGGGCCUGUCGCGCAGAGAUGGCGUUGGAGGAAGGGGCGCGGAGCUGUCUGCUGCGCUCUCGCCACCGGCUGGAGCAGGACAUCAAGCCCUCCUACCUGAUGGACCACAUGAUCAGUGACGGCGUGCUGACUGGGGACGAGGAGGAGAGGAUCAGGACCCAGGCCACCAGGAAGGAUCAGGCGGUGGCCCUGCUGGAGCUGCUGCUCAGGAAGGACAACCGCGCCUACGUCUCCUUCUACAAUGCAUUGGUCAAGGAGGCGUACAAUGAUUUGGCCAAUCUGCUCCAUGCCGACCUGCCCCGCGCGUUACCUGAGGCCCAUGCGCGCUCCUCUGAUUGCUGCACACCUCUCGUCCAGACGGUGCUCAGUGAAGGCGGCGUCCCGCAGAGGCCCGUGGUGUUUGUCAGCAGACCGGAGCUCGUGAACCACGUCAGGGAGAAACUCUACCGGCUGCAGAAGGAGCCGGGCUGGAUCACCGUCUUCGGCAUGGCCGGCUCGGGCAAAUCGGUGCUGGCUGCCGAGGCCGUCAGACACCACGGACUUAUCGAAGAGUGCUUUCCCGGCGGGAUCCACUGGCUGUCCAUCGGCCAGCUGGACAAACCGGACCUGCUGGUGAAGAUCCAGUCGCUGUGUUUCCGCCUGGAGCAGAGCCUCGACUCCCAGUCCCUCCACCGGAGCCCCAACACGCUGGACGAGGCCAAGGAGCGCCUGCGCUUCCUGAUGCUGCGCAGAUACCCAAGAGCUCUGCUGAUUCUAGAUGACAUCUGGGACAGCAGCGUGCUGAAGGCGUUCGAUGUCCAAUGUCGGAUACUUUUGACCACCAGAAACAGAAGCCUCACUAACUCUGUUAGUGGCGCAAAAUAUGAGGUGGAAGUGGAGAGCGGUCUGGAUGAAAACAAGGGAAUGGAGAUCCUCGCUCUGUACACGAAAACCAAACUCCACGGGCUUCCCGAGGAGGCUCGCAGCAUCGUCAGAGAAUGCAAAGGCUCCCCGCUGGUGGUGUCCCUGAUCGGCGCUCUGCUCAGGGAGAAACCCGACCGCUGGCGUUACUACCUGCGGCAGUUGCAGCAGAAGCAGUUCAAGCGCAUCAGGAAGUCGUCGUCCUACGACUACGACGCCCUCGACCAGGCCAUGGCGGCGAGCAUCGAGGUGCUCCCCGACCAACACCGAGAGCUCUACAAGGACCUGGCGGUGCUGGAGAAUGACAUCAAAGUCCCCGCCAAGGUGCUGUCGGUCCUGUGGGAGCUGGAGCCGGAGGAGGUGGAGGACAUCCUCGAGGAGUUUGUCAACAGGUCUCUGCUCUUCGUGGACCGUCACAAUAAGCCCCACCUGUACUACCUCCACGACCUCCAGCUGGACUUCCUGGUGGAGCAGAAUCGCACCCAGCUCGAGAGCCUCCACAAAAAGGUGGUGAGCCAGUACCAGCAGCACUACAGAGAUGGCCCCCCCACCUCUGGAGAUGAGGAGUGUCUCUACUGGAUCAGAUUUCUGACCUACCACAUGGCCAAAGCCAACCUCUCCCAGGAGCUCUACUCGCUCAUGUUCUCUCUGGACUGGGUCAGCACCAAGGCCCGGCUGAUGGGCCCGGCUCACCUCAUCAACGACUAUGUGGAGUACGGACCCAUCCUGGACAAAGAGAGCUGUGAGGUGCGGAGUCAGUUCCAGGCGUUCCUCUCUCUGAGCGGCCACCAGCUGGAGCAGCGGCCGUUCCCCGACGUGGUGCAGCUCGCUCUGUCUCAGCCGCACGCGUCCGAGGUCUACCGGCAGGCCCUGCUGCAGGCGCGGCGCCGCGCCGGCACCGGGGAACUCUACUUCGACUGGCUGAAUAAGAGCAGCGUGGAGAGUCUGUCCCGCCUGGUGAUCCACCCCCACCAGGGCUCCGUCUACUCCGCCUGCUUCUCCCAGGACGGAGCCAAGAUCGCCUCCAGUGGCGCCGGCAAGACGCUGAAGGUGUUUAAGAGCACCACGGGCGAGAAGCUGGCGGAGAUCCAGGCGCACGAUGACGACGUGCUAUGCUGCGCCUUCUCCCCCGACGACCGUCUCCUGGCAACCUGCUCCAGCGACAGGAAGGUCAAGGUGUGGAACGUGGAGAGCGCCAUGCUGCUCCGGGUGUUUGAGGAGGAGCACGAGGAGCAGGUCAACCACUGUCAGUUCACCAACACGGCGCGGCGCCUCCUGCUGGCCACCUGCUCCAACGACAACUUCCUGAACGUCAAGCUAUGGAACCUCAACAAACCGUCCUCCCAGAACACCAUGUUCGGCCACUUCAUGCCGGUCAACCACUGCUGUUUCUCCCCCGACGACGCCUACGUGUCCACGUCCUCCAACGACGGCACCGUGAAGCUCUUUCAGGUGGCGUCCGCCAACGAGUGGAAGACGAUCAGCGUGAGGGACGCGUUCGCGGAGGAGAGCGACGAGGAGGUGCUCGUCAAGUGCAGCACCUGGACCGCCGACGGCAAGCGCAUCGUGUGCGCGGCCAGGAACGCCGCUCUGGUGUUUGACGUGGAGACGUCGGCGAUGUUGUUGGAGAUCAGAACGAAUCGCCUGAGCACGGUGCAAUACUGCCACGCCUGCCCGACCAGUAACCUGCUGGCCAUCGCGCUCUCAAACUACACGGUGGAGCUGUGGGACUUGGAGGCCAAUAAGAAGAUGGCGGACUGCAGCGGUCACCUGAGUUGGGUGCAGCGUGUCCAGUUCUCUGCCGACGGCUCACAGCUGCUCUCCUGCUCUGACGACCAGACUGUCAGGCUAUGGGAGACGAAGAAGGUGCACACCUCUUCGGCCGUCUGCCUGAAAAGAGACUCGGACGUCCUCUUCAACGACGACGCCAUCGUGGUGUCGGCCGCAGACAACUGCAACCGGCUGCAGGUCCGUGAUGGCCGGACGGGAUCGGUGCUGUUCCAGUCGGAGGAGAUGUCGUCCAGGAUCCGGUGCACGUGUUUGUGCACACGGCCCUACGCUGUGGCCCUGGGCCAGGAAGACGGCACCGUGCAGGUGUUGGCGCUGCCCUCCGGGGAGCGGCUCGCCGUGCUGCCGGGUCACACCAGGACGGUUCUGCACUGCCGGUUCAGCCGGAGCGGGGAGACCCUGAUCACGUCCUCCGAGGACGCCACCUUGAGGGUGUGGAGGUGGCAGAGCGGCGAGUGCCGAGUGCUGCAGGGCCACAAGGAGCAGGUCCGACGCUUCUCGCUGCUCGCCAACGACGCCAGACUGCUGUCCUGGUCCUUCGAUGGCACCGUCAUGAUGUGGGACACGGCGAGCGGGGAGAAGCUGCAGGACGUCGAGGCUCACCGGGGCGCCAUCCUGUCCUGUGACGUCUCGCCGGACGCUCGCCUCUUCGCCACCACCUCCGCGGACAAGACUGCAAAGCUGUGGCGCUGUGAUUCCUGGCUGUGUGUCCAUACCCUGAGCGGCCACCAGGACUGCGUGCGGAGCUGCCGGUUCUCCUGGGACAACCGGCGCCUGGCGACGGGGGACGACAACGGAGAGAUUCGGCUCUGGAGCGCCGAGGACGGCGCCCUGCUGAGGAUCUGCUCCCGCGAGGGUCGGGACGGCAUGGACUCGCUCCACGGGGGCUGGCUGACCGACCUGCACUUCUCCCCCGACGACGCCCUCCUGGUCUCCACCGGCGGCUACGUCAAGUGGUGGGACGUGGGGAGGGGCGAGGCCCUGCAGACCUUCUUCCCGAUGGGCACGGCGUUGAAGAGGAUCCACGUCUCCGCCGACUUCUCCACCUUCGUCACCAUCGACAGCAUCGGUAUCCUCUACAUCCUGCAGAGGGCGCUGUGAGGCUUGGGGGGGGGGGGGGGAUUGUUUAUUUCAUUUAUUGUUUCGUUGAUCUGCUCAAAACGCUCCACGCGGGCAGACGUCCAGGACGCCUGCAGGGGGUCCUCGAGCCUUUAAUCAUGGGUGCCUAAUAAAGAGUUUGCACAGGCUUGAUCUAAAUGUGAAGACUGGAGGGUGUGUGUACUGCAUGGGGUGUGUGUAUGUGUGUGUGUGUGUGUGUGUGUGGGUUUUUUCUCUCCACCAGCACUUUGAUAGACGUGAAUAAUUGAUAUCGACAUUUACAUUUUAAUGAUCAGGCAUUUGGGGAUUUAACCCUCGAGUCGUCGUCUCCAUCGGAGUGAUUUUAUAAAACGUACAAUCAGAUGUUCACGUUGGGCUCUUUGCAGUGCUUUAUUAAAUGUGACAUUUUCUUUAUUUUAUAAUUAUUAUUAUUUUGUACCGCUUCUUUUUAUUUUUAUACCACUUUUUUUUACGUUGUUGAACUACUGAGCUGUUUCCAGUUUGUAAAGCUUGUCAUGUGACACCGGUGAUGAACUCCGCGGUGGUGCUCCUCCUCCUUUGGAGGCGUGUGUUCGCUGUAAUGCAACGGGUAAUUUAUAAAAGAUUAAACUACA